CAAACUAAAAAGAAGUAUGAGACCAAACUAAACUCAUUUUUCUCAUUUUGUUCCAAUGGCUACCACCAACUCAUCAGACAAUGAAGUGAUUGUGGCCAUAGUGCCAUUUCCUGAUUACAGCCAUCUGAAUCAGCUCUUCAUUCUUGCUCGCCUCGUCGCGUCCCAUAAUAUACCAGUACACUUCCUCUGCCUUGCUGAUCAGAACCAAGAUUUGAAACUCCACGUCCAAGGUGGUCUCGGGGCCUCAAACAUCCAUUUCGAAGACCUCAUGAGACCUUCUGAUGAUGAUAAUGCAGCUGGCCACGAUCCGAUUCUAAUGUUUCUGAAGAAACUCAGGGAGCCUAUUCAGAAAACAUGCAUUGAACUCUCUACCAAUGCUAAGAGAUUAGUCAUAAUUCAUGAAUUUAUAAUGACAGAACUGAUAUGGAAUGCCCAUACAUUUCCGAAUGUCAAGUCUUAUAUCUUCCACGCUGGGUCGGCUUUUAACAGAUAUUAUCGCCUCCAACAAAGUAUUCCUGACAUAGUCGAUGAUGAUGAUCAUGUGAAACUGGUCGAGCAAAUGCACGAUGAGCUUCCAUUGUUGGAGCCAGAUGGGAAAUUGAUGGUUAGAAUGGAGCAUGAGUUGAAGUUUUACUCUGGAGAAGUUAUAAACUCGUGUAAAGAAGUGGAAGGUAAGUACAUAGAUUUACUUGCCAAUGCAAAAGGCAAGCCGUUCUGUUCUUUUGGUCCAUUUCAUAUGUUGUUAGAAUCGCACGAAUCUAUCUCUUCUUCGUCUAGCAACAUGAUUCGUAAUGAAUGCCUGGAAUUUCUCGACAUGCAAGAUGUUAACUCAGUAAUAUUCAUCUCGUUUGGAUCAACCACUACAUUAUCACAAGAGCAAAUCAAUGAGCUAGCUCUUGGUUUAGAACAAAGCAACUACGGAUUUAUUUGGGUACUAAGAAAACGAAAUAAUGUGGAAAAGCUUAGAGAGAAAGACGGAAAGAUUGAAUUACCAGAAGGGUUUGAAGAGAGAGUGAAAGGAAGAGGAAUGGUGGUAAAUUGGGCACCACAGUUGGAAAUCUUGAGGCAUUCAUCUACGGGUGGUUUUCUGAGUCAUUGUGGAUGGAAUUCUUGUCUCGAGAGCAUUAGCAUGGGAGUGCCUUUAGCAACUUGGCCAAUCAGUUACGAUCAGCCAUAUAACGCUAUGUAUGUAACGAAUGUGCUUAAGAUUGGAAUAUCUAUCAAAAGUUGCGCUCACCGUGAGGAAUUGGUAACGGCAUCAACCAUUGAGAAAGCUGUGAAAACGUUGAUGGGCACGACAGAAGGGGAAGAGAUGAGGCAAAGGGCAGUGGAAUUGAGCAACAAGAUCAAGAGCUCUGUUAGUCAUGGAGGACAUGCAUGCAUGGAAAUGGAAUCUUUCAUUUCAAAUAUUAUCAAAUAACUUCCUGGUGUGUGUGGGGUGGGGGUGGGGGAAUAAAUGAAGGUAGGUUGAAUGUCCUUCAUGAUUAUGUUAGUCUUUCAGUUCUAUUAUCCUCUGUUGAAAUAAACUUGAUAGCCAAAAA